AUGGCUCCUUCGUCCCUUCCCGUGUCGGUGGAUCGCCGCUCAGCUUCCACCGCGGACUUCAAUUACAUGGAACAUAUUAAAAACAUCAGCGGCAGAACGAACAUCGCCGCCGCUGCCGCCGACCGCGGUGGAUCGCCAAACUCUUCCGCGUCUGGUUUCAUGCGCAAAGAGAUCUCUUCCGUCAUUACGCCGCAAUCUUCAAAGCUUUCUCAGUCACUGCGGAACGGAGGCGGGGUCGCUGGCGGAAUUGCUGGCGGAAACGCUGGCGGCAUGGUGCCGUCAUUCGGCGGAGGCUCUUUUGGAGGUCCGCCCUCUCUUGUAGACAGCGCUGAACAGUCGCCAGACUUUGGCUUGGACUUUGAUCCGCUGGCACUUGGCGGAGCUGGCGGUGAUAACUUAAACGACGGCCAUAAUGGAUCGCUCAGCGGCCCCUCCAACGGGUCUCCUUUUGGAACCGCCGCUUCCGCUGUAUCGUCGUCGGUGCCGCCGUACCUCAACACUUCCACCAGCUUGACGAACAUCGCAUCCGCUGUACCGCCCCUAGGUUCGGCCCCCGCCUUACAGUUCGACCGCUCUUUCCAUCCUCAGACUGUUUCUCAGUCUCAGUCGGCGUUCACUUAUGACAUGCUCGAGUCUCCGUCGCGGACUUCCAGCAGUGUAGGAGAUUCUUCAUUUAACCCGCGAUUUCCGGGCCCAAACCCCGCCGCCGGACAGUUCCGCAUCGACCCCGACGGCGAUAUGAACAUGUUCGAAAGCAGCUUCCAGCAGAUGUACUCCGAUGGGGACUUGAUCGGUUCCAGGGCCACCAGUGCCGCCAGGGCCGCCAAUGACUUCAGGCCGCAAAACCCCCGCUCGUCCUCGCUUCGGCGAUCGUCUACGCGGUCGCGGUUCAAGUCAAGCGGGGCGGAAUCUCAUAGUGGAACGCCGACCCCGGGCAGCUCCGACAAUACCGCGAUACCCCGCAAGUCGGAGGGAGAACAAAUCUCUUGUACAAACUGCCAUACGAAAACUACUCCGCUCUGGCGGCGGAACCCUGAGGGCCAGCCGCUCUGCAAUGCCUGCGGUUUGUUUCUGAAAUUACACGGCGUGGUGAGACCGUUAUCGCUGAAGACCGAUGUCAUCAAGAAGCGGCAGCGGGGCGGGCGAUUAAAGAGGACCAAGAAGACUGACGGGGACGAUUUGCAUCCUACUCCGAUGAUGAUUGGAAAGAAGAGCGGCGACUAUAAAAUGACAUUUGAUGACAAAUUGGGAAUGAAAGUGGCUCUAGAAGAGGCCAAAAAAGGCUUCUCGGAAGGUGGUGUACCAAUUGGUGCCUGUCUUCUUUCCGAAGAGGGUCUCGUCGUUGGAAGAGGACACAAUAUGAGGGUCCAGAAAUCAUCUGCUACACUUCACGGCGAGACGUCCUGCUUUGAAAACGCAGGAAGACUUCCUGCUUCCGUCUAUAAGAAGUGUACGUUGUACACCACUCUUUCUCCUUGUUCUAUGUGUAGUGGAGCUGCUCUUUUGUUCAAGAUUCCAAGGAUUGUCUUGGGAGAAAACGAGACUUAUCUCGGUAGUGAAGAAUGGCUCUCUAAGAAUGGAGUCGAGGUUGUUAAUGUUCAUAGUAAGGAGUGUAAGAAUCUUAUGGACAGGUUUAUUAAGGAGAAGCCAGAGGUUUGGAAUGAGGAUAUAGGUGAGUAG